GAUAGGGAAACCCAAGAAGGUUAUACCGUAAUUUAAAAACACUAAUUAACCUUAACGAACGAUUAAUCGGUAACAAAUGCACCUGAGUCAAGUUAGUUCAUAAAAUGCGGAGCUCGAGUAAAGUCGCCAAGAUCGGAGCAGUUCUUGUGAGCUUUAGCUUAUUGUGCUUGGCACAUAGAGCUAUAGCCAUUGAAGGCUUCGGUAAUAAGGAAGACUACGAGUUUCCAGAAAACUUUAAAUUUGGUGUUUCGACGGCCGCAUUUCAAAUAGAGGGAGCAUGGAAUGAAGGAGGUAAAGGAGAAAGUAUGUGGGACACUUAUCUCCAUCAACACCCAGAAUAUACUCUAGAUCAUUCUAAUGGUGACAUCGCAGCUGAUUCAUACCACAAAUAUGCUGAAGAUGUUAAAUUAGUUAAAGAUCUUGGAGUACAAUACUAUAGAUUCUCAUUUUCAUGGCCACGUUUACUACCUAAAGGGACUGACAAUAAAAAAAAUAAAGAUGGCAUAGACUACUACCAUAGACUAUUAAAAGAACUCAGAAAAGCUAAUCUAACCGCAAUGGUCACUUUAUUUCAUUGGGAUAUGCCUACUCCAUUAAUGGAUCUUGGAGGAUGGAGCAAUCCAAAAAUGGUUGAUUACUUCUUGGACUACGCAAGAUUUGUAUUUACGGAAUUUGGUGAUGAAGUCAAAAUCUGGACUACUAUGAAUGAACCACAGCAACAUUGUUAUAAUGGUUACGGGACCAAUUAUUUCGUCCCAGCAUUAGAGUCAGGUGGUAUUGGAGACUAUUUAUGUUCACACUACAUGAUAUUAGCUCAUGCAAAAGCAUACCGCCUGUAUGAGAAAGAAUUCAAACCUUAUCAAAAUGGUAGAGUUGGCAUAACUCUAGAUGCUUUUUGGGCGGAACCAAAAAACAGUAUCGACCCUAUAGACAUAGAAGCCGCUGAACGGUACCGCCAGAUGCGCGUGGGUAUAUAUGCACAUCCAAUUUUUUCAAAAGUUGGUGACUAUCCUCCAUUAGUUCGUAACAUAAUCGACGGCAAUAGUAGACAACAAAAUUUCACUAGAUCUCGGCUACCAGUGUUCUCACAAGACGAAAUCCAAGAAAUAAAAGGAAGUUCAGACUUCUUCGGUUUAAAUCAUUACACAACCUAUUUGAUGUCACAACCUACUGUCAAUGACACGUGGACUAUUCCAUCGUGGGACCAUGACACAUUUGUAAGAAUGGAACAAAAUCCAGCGUGGCCGAUUCCAGGUGCGGAUUGGCUUUCGAUCUACCCACCAGGCAUUAGAAAACUUUUGAACUGGAUCAAAAAUAAUUAUGGGGAUAUGCCAAUUAUUAUUACCGAAAAUGGAAUGUGCGAUUUUGGUGGACUCAUGGACUACACUAGAGUACAAUACUACAACGAUUAUCUUUACCAAACGUUAUUGGCAAUGAAAAAAGACUAUGUCAAUGUUGAGGGAUACUUUGCUUGGACUCUGUUGGACGACUUCGAAUGGACGGAUGGAUAUGCAACAAAGUUUGGGUUAUAUGAAGUGGACUUUAACAGCCCUGAAAGGACUCGAAGGAAAAAGUUAUCUGCUGAUAACUACAGAAACAUAGUAAUGACGAGGAAAAUCGACUUUGACUAUAUAAAACAACCUAGAAUGAAAAAGUUACCAUACCAAAGGAAUGAAGAAAAUAUUGUGUGAUCAUACCCUAUUUCUGUGAUAUAUACUUAGAUUAUAUUUACUUAUUAUUGAA